AUGUCUCAGCACGGAUUACUAAGCAAGGUGUCCCGAUCACCAAAUGGGGAUGAGCCUAUUUCCACCGGCGGUGCUUUUACCGGGAUUCGCCCCGAAUCGGGGUAUGGAUCGGGUCGACAGACGGCUCGACGAUCCCGUGUUUCCGUCUGUGGGGGUCGUCAGACGGCUCGUCGGUCCCGUCGAUUCACGCCCGGGGAAUGGAUAAGUCGAUUAUCCAUUUGUCCUGAUCUCGCCCAGGUGCCGGGCGUCCUCGAGGUUCCGGUCGUCGACGAGGAUCCGGACGUCGUCGUGGAUCCGGACGUCGUCUCCCAGAAUCCCGACAGUCGUCGGUGAUUCCGUCUGACUCAGGUGUUGCUCCAUAGUUGGUAAGUUGAUCCCCCCCCUUUUUUUUUUAUCAUUACCCUCUAUGCUGUGUGGGGUGUUUAUAAUCUCUUUUCUUGGAAUCUUUCCUUUUCUUCUCCCUUUUUGUUCUUCGUUGACGUGUGGUCAUUCAGUCGUUGUCCGUCUGUCACGUCGUUCGUUUGUGGUUUGUUUUAUUGUUAUAUAAUGGUGUUAUCCGCUGGCGAUCCGAUUGUGCGGGUGUUGGAGGACCUUAUAGAGACAGUUCCCUUCGUUGG